AUGGCAGACUCAGUUUCUGAAUAUGUGACUCUAGUCUCACAUGAUGAUUAUGAAUUCAUCGUCUCACGCAGUGCAGCUUGCAUUUCGGGCACCAUUCGACGCAUGCUGGACCCUUCGAGCAAAUUCUCUGAGGGUCUAACCGGCCGCUGUAAGCUGGAUGACAUGUCCGGCAUCGUCCUCGAGAAAGUCUGCGAAUAUCUAUGCUAUAACGAGAAGAACAAGGAUCAGACCAACGUCCCAGAUAUGGACAUCCCACCUGAGCUGUGCUUGGAACUCUUGAUGGCUGCCGAUUACUUGGACACUUGA